AUGGGUUUUCAUAUUUUUCCUUUUAUUCUCUUCACAAUUUUUAUACUACAUGGCUCUUGCUAUUCCCAGAAAGGUACAAUCUGAACUCAUGGACCAAUAUCCUCAUUCAAUCUGGAUGAAAGAUUCAAUAUAUCUAAUUUUUAAUCGAACUGUUAGGUUUUGUUUUUUUCAAUGUUAUGAAAUUUUUUUUUUGUCGUGAAAACAGGGUUUUACCGAUUUAUGAAAGAUGCAACAUUAGCACCAACUUAUGCUCAUUUUGACUACAUAGUCAUCGGAGGAGGAACUUCAGGUUGUGCAUUAGCCGCAACGCUCUCUCAAAGCGCGAACGUGUUGGUUCUCGAACGUGGCGGCUCUCCGUACGACAAUCCGACGGCCACCGAUCUUGAAAACUUCUCAAACACACUGUUUAACAUCACACCAGACUCAUGGUCGCAGCCUUUCAUCUCCGAGGACGGCGUUUACAACGUUCGUGCACGCGUCCUCGGAGGCGACUCUGUGCUGAACGCUGGAUUUUACUCACGUGCCGAAGAGUAUUACGUGGAGGAUGCAGAGUGGGAGAUGAAUGAAGUGGAAGCUUCUUACCAAUGGGUAGAGAGCAAACUUGUGUACGAGCCACAUGUAGUAGGUUGGCAAUCUGCGUUGAAAGAUGGCCUUUUGGAGGCUGGUGUGUUACCGUAUAACGGUUUCACCUUAGAUCAUAUAAAUGGGACGAAGAUCAGUGGUACCAUCUUUGACCCAGCUGGCCAUAGACACUCGGCCGCUGAUUUGCUAGAGUAUGCCAAUCCGGACACAAUUGUUGUCUACUUGCACGCUCUUGUCCACAAGAUCCUCUUCACCACGAAAGGAGACCAAAGACCUAGGGCGUACGGAGUGAUAUAUCAAGAUGCGGAUGGAGUGUUCCACAAGGCAGAGCUGGCAAAAAACGCAAUGAACGAGGUGAUCUUGUGUGCGGGGGCCAUUGGGAGCCCUCAAAUGUUGAUGCUGAGCGGCGUGGGUCCUAGGGUUCAUAUUGAGGCUCAUGGUGUGAAUCCUGUGGUCCUAGAUCAUCCCAUGGUUGGACAAGGGAUGGGAGAUAAUCCGCUGAACACUGUUUUCGUCUCGUCUCCUCGAACUGUGGAAACGUCCCUCAUAGAACUUGUUGGGAUUACCAACUUUGAUACUUUCAUUGAAGGUUUUAGUGGCUUGAAACUCCAUAAUAAAUUGAUGCAUAGGUUCUUCGAAGCUGUUCUCAACGAGGUACAAUAUUAAUACACUGAAUCUAUUGUGCAGCCAAGCCGCUCCACCCUAGCAAUUACAGACUUCUUAAAAUCCAUUGAUUUUCGAUCGGACGUAAUUGAAAUUGAUGGCUGGAUCGUCAAUAAAGUUGACGGUCCCGUGUCAAGAGGUCACUUAAAACUCCGGAACAGGAAUCCAGAUGAUAACCCUUCUGUAACAUUCAACUACUACCAAGAGAAAGAAGAUCUUGAGAAGUGUGUUAAAGGACUUAAAACCAUUAUUAAAGUGAUAAAUUCUAAGGCAUUCUCCAGUUACAAGUAUCCGAAUGCAACUGCACGUGAGCUGCUCAAUCGCAUGCUGAGCCUUCCCAUCAAUCUGAGGCCAAGGCACGAGACCGCAAAGUUCAACUUGACACAAUUUUGCAUUGACACUGUGAUUACAAUUUGGCAUUAUCAUGGGGGUUGCCAAGUUGGAAGAGUGGUCGACAAGAAUUACAAAGUCUUUGGCAUUGAUGCUUUGAGGGUCAUUGAUGGAUCCACGUUUCUUAAGUCUCCCGGGACUAAUCCCCAAGCCACAGUCAUGAUGCUUGGAAGGUAA